CACAAAUCAUUGUUCGAAGGCCUAUGCGAUUGGAACGCAGUGAUGGCGAGUAAAACGGUGCGCGAUUUUGAUACCGCAUUCACGGCGCCGAUGUUUGGCUAUAGCAGUUGUGCGGAGUACUAUCAUGCUGCUGCGCUGUACUGGAAAGUUCACAACAUUCCGAUUCCAACAGUUUGUCUGAAUGCUGCUGACGACUGCUUCAGCCCCAUAGAGUCGAUUCCAUUCUCGGACAUCGAGAAGAGCAGGAACGUGGCAGUGGCAGUGACCCGUCACGGUGGACACAUCGCUUUCAUGAAUAAAGCUAAUCCUUUAGCUAAUGGUCUCGUCGAGGAUUUCAUUGUUCAGUGCACUGGAUUAAUGCUGUCCUGA